ACCCUGGGAGGCCAGGGGCCUGUGAGCCGGCCCGCGGAGCAGAGGUGCAGGAGGAGCAAGACUAGCCGAGUGAGUACUGGGCCGAGCGGCCUGGGCACAGUCGGGGAGCGAGGCCCGGCCGAGCGCAGAGGAGGGAACUCCAAAUCCACGUGCAAGGCGAGGUGCCGGCCUUGGCCACCGAUUAGGAGCAGCCCAGGAGCGCUCUGGCAAUUGGCUAGGACACGGAGGAGAAGCUGUCAAAAUGAUAUUCCUCACGACACUACCCCUGUUUUGGAUCAUGAUUUCAGCCUCCCGAGGGGGACACUGGGGUGCCUGGAUGCCGUCGUCCAUCUCCGCCUUCGAGGGCACCUGCGUGUCCAUCCCUUGCCGCUUCGACUUCCCCGACGAGCUGCGGCCGGCUGUGGUGCACGGCGUCUGGUACUUCAACAGCCCGUACCCCAAGAACUACCCCCCGGUGGUCUUCAAGUCACGCACCCAAGUCGUGCACGAGAGCUUCCAGGGGCGCAGCCGCCUUCUGGGGGAGCUGAGUCUGCGCAAUUGCACCCUGCUGCUCAGCAACCUCAGCCCGGAGCUGGGUGGCAAGUACUACUUCCGCGGGGACCUGGGGGGCUACAACCAGUACACCUUCUCCGAGCACAGCGUCCUGGACAUCAUCAACACCCCCAACAUCGUGGUCCCGCCGGAGGUGGUGGCAGGCACGGAAGUGGAGGUCAGCUGUAUGGUGCCUGACAACUGCCCGGAGCUGCGCCCCGAGCUGAGCUGGCUGGGCCACGACGGCCUGGGGGAGCCGACGGUGCUGGGCCGGCUGGCCCCAGUUCUCAAGAUCACAGAUGCACCCUGGAAGCCAACAGUGAACGGGACGAUGGUGGCCGUAGAGGGGGAGACGGUCUCCAUCCUGUGCUCCACACAGAGCUACCCGCUCUCCAUCAUCACCAUCCUCAAAGAGAAGCAGGUGGUGGACACAGCCUUCUACAAGAGCGAGCUACUGCUGGAGCUGCCCAACGUCAAGCCCGAGGACGACGGAGAGUACUGGUGUGUGGCCGAGAAUCAGUAUGGCCAGCGGGGCACCGCCUUCAACGUGACCGUGGAGUUCGCCCCUGUGAUCCUCCUGGAGUCCCACUGCGCGGCGGCCCGAGACACGGUGCAGUGCCUGUGCGUGGUGCGGGCUAACCCCGAGCCCUCCGUGGCCUUUGAGCUGCCCUCCCGCAACGUGACCGUGAACGAGACGGAGCGGGAGUUCGUGUACUCGGAGCGGAGCGGCCUCCUGCUCACCAGCAUCCUCACGCUGCGGGGCCAGGCCCAGGCCCCGCCCCGGGUCAUCUGCACCUCCCGAAACCUCUACGGCACCCAGAGCCUGGAGCUGCCCUUCCAGGGAGCCCACCGCCUGAUGUGGGCUAAGAUCGGGCCCGUGGGUGCCGUGGUCGCCUUCGCCAUCCUGAUCGCCAUCGUCUGCUACAUCACCCAGACACGCAGAAAAAAGAACGUGACAGAGAGCCCCAGCUUCUCGGCGGGGGACAAUCCCCCCGUCCUGUUCAGCAGCGACUUCCGCAUCUCUGGGGCGCCGGAUAAGUAUGAGAGCGAGAGGCGCCUGGGAUCUGAGAGGAGGCUGCUUGGCUUGCGGGGGGAGCCCCCAGAGCUGGACCUGAGCUAUUCUCACUCGGACCUGGGCAAGCGGCCCACCAAGGACAGCUACACCCUGACGGAGGAGCUGGCCGAGUACGCCGAAAUCCGCGUCAAGUGAGGGGGUGCGGCACCUGUGUGGCGCCCCCAGGACCCUCGCUGGCCCCCACUGGCUGCGGGCUCCCUUCCUUCCCAAAGUAGAGGGGUCCGGGGCAGGAAAGGGACGGGGCAGGGACCCGCAAGGUCCUGGGGGCCUGACCUCCCCUCCUUCCUCGCCGCCCCCAUCUGCCACUCCCCACUCCCACCUCGUGGCUCCCCUCUAACCUCCUUUAACCUCAUCUGUCUGGAGGGGAGCUCUGUCUGUCCGUGUUAUUUAUUGCUACCCGUGCCUGUUUCCCUGCCCCCACACCUGGCCCAGGGCCUGUCGGGAAAGGACAUGAAAUAAAUGCCCCAAAUCAAAAGCC